UUGGCGCGGGACGCGCGCUCCUCCGGUCUUCCUCGUCCUCGCUGAGCCGGAUCCCUGCGCCGGGCACCCCGACCCCGACCCCGACCCCGACCCCGACCCCGACCCCGCGUGUGCAGCUUCCGCAGAGGCGCUCGCUCGGACCCAGUGCGCACAUUGAAGCACAAUGAUGGAGGAAAGUGGAAUAGAGACCACUCCCCCUGGGACCCCUCCCCUGAACCCUGCAGGCCUGGCCGCCAUGCCCUCCACUGAGGGUCACUUAGCUGCAUCCAGUUCCUUCUCAUCUCCCAGUGUGUCCGGGAUGGAGUCCUUGCCGCCACACGCCUACUCCACGCCUCAGCCGGGCCUGCCUCCUGUGCAGCCGUCGGCACCGCCUCCCUUUGUGCCGCUGUCUCCUUCGGGUCCCCUGAGCGGCACCUCUGUGCCACCCUCCAUGUCUCCGUCACCUGCCACUGCCUUCAGCAGCGCCCCCAGAGCCCCCUUCCCACCCGCCGCCACUGCCUCCGCUCUCUUAGCGGCGCCGCCUUCGGGUCCUUCGGGUCCUCCUACCUCCGGAUUUUCCGUUGGCGCAGCCUACGACAUCACGAGGGGCCACGCCGGGAGAGCGCCACAGACGCCCUUGAUGCCCUCCUUCUCCGCACCCCAGGUCCCAGGUAUUAUGCCAGCCCCCAUCACUCAGCAAGCCAGUAUGACAUCUCUGGUGCAGGGACCUGGAACCACAUCAGCCAUUACUUUCCCAGAGGAACAGGAAGAUCCGAGAAUUGUUAGAGGCCAGGAUGAUGCACCUGCUGGUGGGAUCUGGGGUUUUAUCAAGGGUGUAGCUGGGAAUCCUAUGGUGAGAUCUGUGCUUGACAAGACCAAGCAUUCUGUCGAGAGCAUGAUUACGACGCUGGACCCCGGCAUGGCUCCAUAUAUCAAAUCUGGAGGUGAAGUGGACAUUGUUGUAACCUCAAAUAAAGAUGUGAAGGUGACUGCUGUCCGAGAUGCCUUCCAGGAGGUCUUUGGCUUAGCCGUGGUUGUGGGGGAAGCCGGACAGUCCAAUAUCGCCCCACAGCCAGUAGGCUAUGCAGCUGGAUUAAAGGGUGCCCAGGAACGCAUAGACAGCCUGCGGAGAACUGGCGCCAUCCACGAAAAGCAGACCGCCGUGUCGGUGGAGAACUUCAUUGCUGAGCUGCUGCCCGACAAAUGGUUUGACAUCGGCUGCCUGGUGGUUGAAGACCCCGUGCAUGGCAUCCGCCUGGAGGCCUUCACUCAAGCCACGCCAGUGCCUUUGGAAUUUGUGCAGCAGGCACAAAGCCUGACUCCCCAGGACUACAAUCUGAGAUGGUCAGGCCUUUUGGUGACAGUGGGCGAAGUCUUGGAAAAGAGCUUGCUAAACGUCAGCCGGACUGAUUGGCACCUUGCCUUCACUGGUAUGUCUCGCCGACAGAUGAUCUACAGCGCAGCCAAGGCUGUGGCAGGCAUGUACAAGCAGCGCCUACCACCCAGGCCCAUGUGAGACCAGCUGCUGGGAAAUGGAGACCCACGUCACCUUGAUCUGUUAGAGGAGACUGGAUAGCUUCCGUGAAUCCAACACUUUUUACAACUUUCCUAUAGGCUGCAGUCCUUUCAAGAGAAAAAAAUGUUUUUAAAUAAAGGCACAGUGUCAUUCCAGUAAAACAAAAGAAGUAGAUCCUCUCUUUACUGUCCUGAUUCAUACACCCUAGUUCUCAAAAUAUACACACACGUAUUUACAGCACAAUUCAUAUACCAAAUCUAUAAAGUGGCAGUCCAAACUCACAUAUUGGAUGAUUGUUCUUGGCUCAUCAUUCUUAAGAAUUGAGGUCUGCCUGUGUUAACUAUCUUUUUAAGGCUAGCUUCCUAUUGUCAUCUGUGUGUGCACAUGCUCAACAGUGGAUCUUACACAAUGCUGGGGCCUGGGUGUGUGUGUGCACAGUUCCAUGUGUUUUAUAGAACAUGGGCCAAAUUAACAGAAUGGAUAUUUUUUGUUAUGUACAUGCAUAUUUGGAAAUUAUAUACUUGUUUCUUUUUUGUUUUAAAUUUUGGCAUUUUACAGAUUUAUAUUAUGAACAUCAGAAAAUAACGUUUCAUUUUUCUUCAUUGCUAUGUGAAAACUAAAUGGCAGAUCAUCUGAGUACAUUUUAGCUCAGAAAUGUGUUCCUGUUAUUGUUUUUUACUUUGUUUUUGUGAUUUUGUAUAUUGG